AUGAAGAUCAGAUAUGUAUUCCUCCUCUUCCUCGGCCUCGCUUCGCCUGGGGUCUCUCGGACUCUCCUGGGUAUGAACAAAUCUCUCGCCGGAGAAAUCUCACCCGCCGCCGCGAAGCGUCAGACAGGGGAACUCCUAGCGGACCUCAGCACCCUCCCUGACGCCGCUCUGUCACCGGCGGGCUGGACGAUCAAGAACAUUCUGCUCGGCAACCGCGCGGCCGUAUCACCGCAGGACCUGACCACCGUCUACACGGCCCCGGGACCGCUCGACAGCUCCGAAUGCCGCCGCGAGACCUGCUGCGUGUGGAAGUACAUCGCAGACGCCAUGGCUACGUCCUUCCGCGACGGCGCCGGCAGGUGUAACGAGCUCGCGCGCCAGGCGGUCCGCCUGGGCUUCCAUGACGCCGGCACGUGGUCGAAGUCCGCGGGCGGCGGCGGCGCCGAUGGGUCCGUCCUCUUGGCUCCCAGUGAGCUGGCGCGGGACGACAACCGCGCCCUCGAGGUCGUCGCGGCACAAAUGGCGGCCUGGUACGCGGAGUGGCGGCCCCGCGGCGCCCGCAUGGCCGACCUGAUCCAGAUGGGCGCGGUGGUAGCAGCCGCGUCAUGCCCGCUGGGCCCCCGGGCACGCGCCUUCGUCGGGCGCAACGACAGUGCCACACCCGCCCCUCCGGACCGGCUCCCCUCGGCCGCCAACAGCGACGCCGCCGCGCUGGCGGCGCUGUUUGCUGACAAGACGCUCAGCCUCGGCGAGCUUGUCGCCCUCGUCGGUGCCCACACCACCAGCGUUCAGCGGUUCUUCGACCCGCUCGCCGCCGGGUCCCCGCAGGACUCUACGCCGGGCGUCUGGGACACCCUCUACUACAACCAGACGGCCAGCUCGGAUCCUCCGCAGGGCGUGUUUCGUUUCCCGAGCGACCUGGCGCUGUCGCAAUACCCCCCCGCGCGUGAGCUGUGGCAAACAUUUGCGAAUGCGCAGGCUGUGUGGAAUGAUGACUUUGCCGCUGCGUACGUACACCUUAGCGUGCUCGGUGUUGAGCACAUCAAUGACCUGACAGAGUGCACCGGUGUGCUGCCAUUGUCGGGUUGA